AUGAGUGGUGCGUUGCCGUCGACGGGUGACGUGGAAUGGCAGUUGUUUUCGCCAAAUUCCAUCAUACAAUCUCAAGGAUUCUCAAAUUUGCUCACUUUGCUGAAACUGUCGAAGGACUAUGCUGAAAGAAAAACGGCAGUAAACUUACUAUGGAAAGCCUUAAAUAGUGGCUCGGAGGCGCUAUGCAAUUGGAUAAUUUUGAUAUUUCCAUGUCUAAUCGACACCGAAAUAAUUUGCAAAGAUGAAGUUCGCAAGCAAUGUUUAAUUGCGCUAACGAAUCAGCACUCUGUGACACCGAUUAUUCGUUUCCUUAUAUCCAAUUGCGACGAUAUUACAGUCUGUGUGUUAUCGGUGAUUAGACAAAUAGCAAGUGAGAAUAUCAACGAAGUAUUGUUAGCGUUAGAGCAGAUACCCAUUGAAAGAUGUUUUGCAUGCGUGAUGCGUUUGGUGUUAGGUGCGGAAAUAUCAAAUGAACAGAAAAAUCAACUCAUACAUCAUACCAUAACGAGAGGAUCGUACGAACACGUACAAAUUCUACUGGAAUUUGACGAUGUGAUUCCAUAUUAUAUGAUUUCACUCGCUGAAGAAUCGGAAGCAAGAAAUUUAUUGAUGUUGAGACGAGCAGAGUUAUAUUCUCGUGAUGUGUUAUCGACUAUAAGAUUGGAUUAUAAAAGGUGUUUAUUUGCAUUAUGUGAUCAACUGGUAUCGAAAUCGUUUUCAAAUUCACUUGAAUUGCUUCAAAAUGCAACAUUCCCGAGACAUCCGAUAUUAUUAUCAUCGCUGUACACUUUAUAUUCAUGCUUAUCUGAGUGGUCGCAUAACUCGAGUAUGCCAAAACUGAUGGGUCGCGAUUCGCUUGAAAUCGUCAAAAAUUUACUGAACAUAACCAAAUCCGUGAAAUUGGAGGACGAUGGGAAUUUUCGUGGUGAGGAAGAAAUUUCAAUGAAUGGUAAUUUGGCUGAUUAUUUGGAGUGGAUAUACGGAAGUGAUGAGCAUUGUUUGAAUACCUUCUUAGAGAUUUGGGCUGAACGUGGACGUAGUUUGGUAACGAAUUUGAGUGUGAAUUUUUUGGUUGGUUUAUUGCCGAAAAUAAGCGAUGAUAAUAUUCGAUAUUUUAUAAAUCUUUUUGUGUUAUUCGCUGAUAAGAAUCCGUCAUUGGUUAAUGAAAUAUUUCUUGUUGUUUUGUCGCUGUACAGUCGUGCUGACCUGCCGAAAAUUCCGAUUUUGGAAUGUAUUGCCCGAAUUGGCGUUAGUAAGCAAGUGUUUCAGUACGUCGUUCGUCGAGCCCUGAAGUUUUUGCUGGUCAUAUCGCAGCAACGUAGCAAAUCUGAAGAACGUCUGAAGGCAGUUGAGUUGGUCGGUGAUGUUUGGUCUCGAAACGAAAACCUACUGGAUGAAAUAGCGCAGUUAACGACAACGGUGGAUGACACAAAAGGAGAUCUGAAAUUUGAGCAUGCCAAAAUGAGUCUCAUCCGUAGAAUUUGCAGUCAAAGUGAUCGUGCUGAAGAGUUUCUACCGCGUCUUUCGGCGCUAUCGAAUUCGAAUGGACCACUUUUAGCAGAUGCAGUGUAUGCGAUUGCUGAUUUGUGUCGAUCUGAGGUAUUGGAUGUGAGUGCAGUGCUGAAACAAAUGGACACGAGAAUGCAGAAUACGAACUGUGAGGAGGCAUUGGUGGCGUAUUGUGAUCUGUUGAGUACAUCUGCAAGUGAUCCGGAACAAGAGGAAGUGAUUCUGGACUGUAUCCGAAAGUUAUGGAAACUGAAAUCGCAUCGAGCAGCAGAGGUUCGUGCAGCAGUGUGGCGUGCUUUGUCAGCAUUCGAUUUACCGGAAGUGAAGAGAGCGCUGGAGGGGAUUGAAGCUGGCUUAGUGCUGAGCACUUGCAUUCAGACAAUCGCAAACGAUAAACAGUCCACUUUGCUAGAGCAAAAGAUUGUUGCAGAAGAAUUCGGAAAAUUUUUGCAUAAAAUGAUUGCGUGCGAGCUGGAAGAAUUUGGUCGUUCAGUGUAUACGGCUUAUGAGGGAUCGGCACGACAACAAAACAGUGCACUGUUGGAAACGAUAAGCGACUUCAAGGAUUUGGCAAGUAAGACUUCUGAGAUGGCGCAUUUGCGAAUGCUUUCAGCGUGGACGAUAAGCAGUGGUGCAGAGAGUGUGCAGGUGAAACGCACGUCUGCAAUUAUGCAGCACUUAUAUCAACUUUUGACGAAGGUUUGA